AAAAAUAGAAGCAGAUAUGGUGUACCUCUUGAAGAACAUGCGUAGACACCGCUAGGGCUUCUGUAGAAACGGACGGCUGAAGAGCGGACAAUCAACAAUGUCAGGAAACUGCACGGGACCCUACACAGGUCUGGUACUGACAUGCCUAGCACUGCUAAUAUCUGUAUCUUUAAACGUACUGCUGUAUUGGUUGAGAAGACGAGAGAGACAGAGCAGAGAUGUGGAGGAGCCACUGUACCCUGAUUCUUUUCCUGUUGACAGGUUCCAGGAAGAGGAACGGCGCAGUCAAGAGAAUCCUAUUUAUGGGAACAUCUGUACAGAAGUAGGAGGACCUGUGAGGACAGUCGAUUAUGGGGGCUUUGUGCCUAGGUCAAACCAAAGCGCAAGACGAGAUGAACAGGACGAGCCAGCUGACAUCUCCUAUGCCUCUCUGGAUUUAAGUGUGGCUCAGAAGCGGAAGAAGAAGCGAAAGUAUCAGCAGAAACAGGGCCAGACCCAUCAGGCCCAGACUUAUCCUCCACCCAUGGCCCAGCAGAACUGCCUGGAGGCAGACGCAGACAGCGAGGUGGCCCUGCCGUCCCGCUCCAGCAGCCUCAUGAUGUCCCGCAACAGCAUCUACCUCAACAGCCACCAAGUAGCACUGGAGACAGAGGAGAGGGAGAGAGAACGAGAGAGGGAAAGAAGAAGCAAUCGUGAGAGAGAGAUGGAGAUAAGGAACAUGCAUGGCGACUAUGAGCACAGCUUUGGCCAAUCAGAGCUGAGGCAUGAGCAGAACAACUAGAGACCGAAGAGCAUGUAAAAAGUCCUAAAGUGGACUCAUCAGAAUGGCCAGUUAUGCUGCUCAGCAUUUAAACAGGUUGUUGUGCGUGUGAGUGAUUACAAACAUCCGUAUGCAAAAGUGUGAACAAGCUGGUCAAGCUACAUGUUUUUUUGUUGAUUGUCUGAGUAAAAAUAAG